UGCAUUUCUUUAUUCUGUAACUUCCUUUUCUGCUGUUCUAUGGCGUUCGAAUUUUGUGUUUUUUGGUCGACUUUUUGCGUUCAAAUUCAUGUGUCUGCUUUACUUUUGCGUUUUUGAAUUUUAAUUUCUGUUUAAUAUGUGGAUGUUUCCAGUAUAAAUGUGAAUUUAUGUUAGAUGUAUAUGUUGUACUAUUGAAUAGAAUAAAGCGAGGAAAGAAAAAUGGCAGGAGAUGCAGAUUUUGAAUCUACUUUGCAACUAGUAAUGAGACAAAUAUAUACUUCAUGUGAUGUUGACAAUACAAAUCGUGCACCAAUUUCUCAAUUGAUUGAGUUCAUAAAACCACACAUGCUAGGAGAUCUAUCUGCUCUUGAUCAUUUGAAGUACCUUCUUGAGUUUAACAAUGAAGAUGGAUACAUAAGUAGUGAAGUAUUCUAUAGUGUGAUGACACAAUGGGCUAAAAAAGUUGCAAAUAGUGACCAUGAGGAUUUCAAUGACAUAUCACCAAAUAACUUGGAUACCAUAGAUGAAAAGCAUUUACCAUAUACUCAAUCCACACCAAGAGCCAGCUUUGGGCAGAAAUUGUUAAGCUCUGAAUGUCUCCUCAAUAUAUCUGGAGCUUCAGCAAAUUUAUCAGUUAUCCAAUCAAAAGACACAAAUACAGUUGGAAAGACUACAUUUGAAGAUCAAAUAAAUCGUUUAGAGUAUCAGCUGAAUAAGUGUACAAAUGAAUUGGAAAUGGUGAAAUUGCAACUUGCUGCUUCUGAGGAGCAUAAUGAGAAUUUGCAGGCAGAUUUAGAGAGGUGUAAGACUAGAUUGAUGAGCGAACAACAGGUUAAUGAACAUCUCCAAAAGAACAAAGCAUACUGUGAGGAACUGAAGGAUGAGAUCUGCCAAAGCAAAAAAGAAAUUGAAUCUCUAAGGACAAAAUUGCAGCAGUGCGAGAAAGACAGAAACUAUAUGUCAACGUAUGUUAAGGACCUAGAACAGGAGAUUGGUAAGUUGGAAAAUCGUUGUAAGCAGUAUGUCGAAAAUGAGCAAAGAGUUAAAAGUGAGUUAUGUGACAUAAGAGCUGAAUUAGAUAAUAAUGAACAGAAAAUGAUUGAGCUGAAUAAAGCAAAUGAGGGUUUGAAAGCUGAGCUUAACAUGAACAAAACGAAGAUCAUCGAUUUGACUUCUGAAAACAAUGAACUGCUGGACUAUCGAACUCACAACCUGGAGAAGACCUCGGCACGUCGCUUCUCGUCGUCCACAGCGUACGCUCCCCGAUUCUCGGACUCAUUUCGAGGUACUGUCCCGAUUUAUUCCUCCGUCAAAUCCUUAAGUGACAUCAGUUUCGAUGAGAAACCCUCCCCGGUGUCCCCGAUCACUCCCGCAUGCCUUGAUUCGACCCCCCAUCGCAAGAGUGCCCGUGUUCAUACAGCUCGCAGGUCUUUCGAUGUCGGGGGCCCCAAAGUAGCAACCAAUCAGACAGCGCCGUUGCCGUUGGGUCGGCCGACGAGUUGUCUGCUGGUGAGAUCGGCAUCUGAAUGUUCUAAUCUUGUUCAAGAUAUCGGAAGCGAAGAGGAAUUGUCGUUCGGAUACCAGACGAACGUGUCGCUGCUGUCGCCGUGCAUGUCUUUGCAAGCUGAGCUUUCGCAGGUGAACUUUCCUAUAGACGAAGCGACUAGAGAAUACAUUGAGAGCUUAAAAUCGGAAAAUCGUGCUUUGAAGACAAAAUUUGAAGAACUGACCAAAGAGACUGAUCAUUUGUAUAAAGAGAUAUCUAAGCUAGAAGAGAACAUUGAACAACUAGAAAAAGCAGUGAAGAAAUCAGAACUAGAUAGGGAUGAACUUGAGAAGCGUUACAAGAACACAAACGGAAACUCAGAAAAUGCUUUAGUUGCUGAAAUCCAGAACAAGCUUGCAAAGUUGCAAGACGAAUAUGCUGAGCUCCAAAGGAAAUACGCUUCCAAGGAGCUGGAAGUUGAAGAACAUAACAAGAAGUUUAAUUUCGAAGUGGCGUACAAGAACGCACAGAAAGAGCUGAACGAAAAAUGCCAGAUGCUUGCUAAUUUACAGAAAGAAACCAACGAUUAUAAAAGCACGAUUUGCAAAUUGACAACCGACAAUAGAUCGCUGGAGACGGCUAUGGAGGAGCUGAACAAGAAGUUGAAAAAGGCGGAAGACGUUUCGUAUCUGAAUAAGAACAUCGAAGAUGUGGCCAGCCAGGUUCAAACGCACAUUGACAGGAAGAACGAAGUUAUGGGUGAAUUGGCUAAACAAACUGAAACCCUGCGGGAUAGUAUCAAGGUGCUUGAGGAUAAAUUACGCGAUAAGGACAAUGAGGUUGAAAAUCUUGAAAAGAUUUUGAAAAGCCAAGAAAACAUCAAAAAUAUUAUGUGGAGAGACAAUAGUGAUCUUCGAAAGCAAAUUGAAGUGUUAACUGUGGAGAAGCAAAAAUUGACUGAAGAAGUUCAUGACCUGACAAUAUGCAGUGAAACUAUCAACAAUGAAGUAACAAGCUUCCAUGAGAGCACACAGAUGUUAUGUGACAAGAUCGCAAAUUUGACUGAUGAGAAUAAAAAGCUUGAAGAUCGAGUAAUGGAGAUAUAAUUCAACGAAACACAAGUAUAGACCUUCAACUUUCAAUUACCGACAAGCU